UGGACCCUUUGAAUGUUUGUCCCCUCUAAUUAAUUACCAAUCAAAUCAUGGGCCUUCAUGACAUUGAGCCAUUAGUAAGAUCGAUAAAGUAGUACAAAGAGCCUAACAAGGGCCCAUGUAUAACUUAUUUUUGUGGGCCCGAAUGGAUACCUGCAAGUGUUUACAGCCAUAAAUCAGCAAGCUUUUCUGCAAUCAUAUGAAUCAGGAAAACCUGGAACGUGUUUUUCAAGUCCUGAAAACAAAUGCUUCCUAUUCACGUACAACCCAAGCCAUGGCAGCCAUCAAUUGCAGCAAAUCCACAAAGUUCCUCUUCUCUUCUGUUAAAAAACAAGAUUCUUCCAGUAAAAAUUUCAAACACUUCGAAUGAAAACAAGGAAGCAAACCAAUCGAAAGCAGGCAGAAUCAAACGCCUGGUUCUUACCAAUGAAGGCAGAACCAAACGAAACACAUUUCCUGACAGGGAAUUCUAUGCUUAUCCACGGUUUGUGACUCAUGUUGAUGAUGGCUUCAUUGCCACAUUAACAGAUUUGUAUAGGGACAGAUUAAGGCCUGGGUCAGAGAUUCUUGACCUCAUGAGCUCAUGGAUUAGCCAUCUACCAAAGGAAGUUGUUUACAAAAGAGUGGUUGGUCAUGGACUUAAUGCUCGGGAACUUGCCAGGAACCCUAGGCUGGAUUACUUCUUUGUCAAGGAUCUAAACCAGGAUCAAAAACUUGAGAUUGAAAAUGGCAGUUUCGACGCGGUGUUAUGCACUGUUAGUCUACAAUACCUUCAGCAACCUGAAAAGGUAUUUGCAGAAGUUUUUCGGGUGCUUAGGCGAGGAGGGGUAUUCAUUGUAAGCUUUAGCAAUCGACUUUUCUAUGAGAAAGCCAUCAGUGCCUGGAGAGAUGGAACUGCAUAUAGUCGAGUACAACUUGUUCUGCAGUAUUUCCAGUGCAUUGAAGGAUUUACUCAGCCAGAAGUGAUCCGGAAAUUACCAACUGCUGGUAAUGCUCAAGAUGACAAAUCACCAUUCAGUUGGUUCAUGAAGUGGCUUGGUUUAUUUUCCGGUUCAGACCCUUUUUAUGCCAUAAUAGCUUACAAGAACUUCAAACCUGUAUAUGAAUGAAAGAAAACUAAAGCAGAUACUGCUAUCUACGUUUGAGCUUAACUACAUCAAUGAUGCAUAGAUUUCUCUAUUUAAUCAAUGUUCUCUCCUUUGAGCAGUCUGAAUUGGCUUAAAUUUCUGUCAUUUAGCAUUAAACUAAGAAUGUGUGCAUUGUUAUCAACUGGAAAACUAACUAAAGGUUGUUUUGU